AUGAACAUAGAUUAUAAAUAUUGGGCUUUGCUCCAAAUAAGAGCGAGUUUAAUUAUUGCUAAAGAUGGAAAACCACACACAAUUGGGGAAAUACUAGUGUUGCCAGCAGCAAAAAAAAUCGUGCGAUGUGUUCUUGGAGAAAAGGCUUCAAAAGAGAUAAAAAAAGUGUCACUUUCAAACGAUACUGUCAAAAGAACAAUUGAUGACAUGUCGUCGAAUAUAAAAAAUAAAUUAUUGCUUUAUUUGAAAGAUUGUAAUUUCUUUGCUAUACAAAUUGAUGAGAGUACUGAUAUUGCUAACAUGGCUCAAUUAAUGGUACUUAUACGUUUCGAUCGCAAUGAUGAAAUUAUUGAAGAGUUUUUGUUUUGUAAGCCUUUAUAA